AUGAAGCUCAGCGCACUGUCUAUCCUUGCCUUGCUAGGAUCAAUGGUCGUUGCCGUUCCCAUCUCCAACGAAGGAGCAGGCGUGGCAAGAAGAGCCCCCUUGGAUGCCGAUGAGCUGUAUGACAAGCCUGUGAAGCGUGAUCCUCUUGAUGCAGACGAACUGUAUGAUAAGCCCGUCAAGAGAACCCCGCUUGACGCGGACGAGCUCUAUGAUAAGCCCGUCAAAAGAACACCUCUCGACGCGGAUGAACUCUACGACAAGCCCGUCAAGAGAGCUCCUCUCGAUGCCGAUGAGCUCUACGACAAGCCCGUCAAAAGAACACCUCUCGACGCGGACGAGCUCUACGACAAACCGGUCAAGAGAGCCCCGCUUGACGCGGACGAGCUCUAUGAUAAACCCGUCAAAAGAACACCUCUCGACGCGGAUGAGCUCUAUGAUAAGCCGGUCAAGAGAGCUCCUCUCGAUGCGGACGAGCUCUACGACAAGCCAGUGUAA